AAACUCGCUGUGUGUGUGUGUGUGUGUGUGCGCGCGCGCGGGUAAGAUAUUUGCGCCCUGAAGAUGCGGCUGGAUCAGUGGCGCGUGGUUUCCAGCGCGUGUGUGCUGUUACUUUUCUUCAGCGUGAUCUGCAGCAGAGUCACGGAGGUUUCGUCCACGCACCAGAGCAUCCCCGCGUCCGUAGUGAAGCUCUGGGCUUCAGCGUUUGGUGGAGAAAUGAAAUCCAUCUCUGCAAAGUAUUCUGGUUCUCAGCUGCUGCAGAAGAAAUAUAAGGAGUUUGAGCGUGCGGUGCGCGUGGAGGAGAUGGACGGUCUGCGGCUGGUGAAGAGGCUCGCCGAGGACAUGGAGGAGAUGUUUGACAAGAAAGCUCAGGCCAUGAAGAGACUGGUGGAGGCAGCAGAGGAAGCUCACCUGCAGCACGAGGAGGAUCCAGACCUACAGUACAAAUACUUUAACGCGGUGCUGAUCAAUGAGGAGGACGAGGAGGGGAACAGCGUGGAGCUCGGCGGUGAAUUCAUCCUGCAGCCCAACGACCACUUCAACAACCUGUCUGUCAACCUCAGCCUCAGCGUCGUCCAGGUUCCAACAAACAUGUACAACAAAGACUCUGCCAUCGUGAACGGCGUUUACUGGUCUGAGGCCUUGAAUAAAGUGUUCGUGGACAACUUUGAGAGAGACCCUUCACUCAUAUGGCAGUACUUUGGCAGCGCUAAAGGCUUCUUCAGACAGUACCCAGGAAUCAAGUGGAAGCCGGACGAACACGGGGUCAUAGCGUUCGACUGUCGUAACAGGAAGUGGUACAUCCAGGCCGCCACCUCGCCGAAGGACGUGGUGAUCCUGGUGGACGUGAGCGGCAGCAUGAAGGGACUCAGGCUCACCAUCGCCCGGCAGACCGUCUCGUCCAUACUGGACACGCUGGGAGACGACGACUUCUUCAACAUCAUCGCUUACAAUGAAGAACUACAUUAUGUGGAGCCGUGUUUGAAUGGAACUCUGGUUCAAGCAGACGUGGCCAACAAAGACCAUUUCCGGGAACACCUCGACAAGCUGUUCGCUCAAGGCAUCGGAAUGUUAGACAUCGCCCUGACCGAGGCCUUCAGGCUCCUCGGUGACUUCAAUGAGACGGGAAGAGGCAGCGAGUGCAGCCAAGCCAUUAUGCUGGUGACAGAUGGGGCAGUGGACACGUACGACGCCAUCUUUGCCAAAUAUAACUGGCCAGACAGGAAGGUCCGCAUAUUCCCGUACCUGAUUGGUCGAGAGUCGGCCUUCGCAGAUAAUCUCAAAUGGAUGGCAUGUGCUAACAAAGGCUACUUCACGCAGAUUUCCACGUUGGCAGAUGUUCAGGAGAACGUGAUGGAGUAUCUUCACGUGCUGAGUCGUCCCAAGGUGAUCGACCGGGAGCACGACACGGUGUGGACCGAGGCCUACAUCGACAACACCCUCCCCCAAGCACAACAGCUGGACGACGGUCAAGGUCCAGUCCUGAUGACCACGGUGGCGAUGCCAGUGUUCAGUACCAAGAACGAGACGAGAAACCGCGGCAUCCUCCUCGGUGUGGUGGGGACAGACGUGCCUGUGUCCGAGCUGCUCAAGACCAUUCCCAAAUACAAGCUGGGCAUUCACGGCUACGCCUUUGCAAUUACCAACAACGGCUACAUCCUCACGCACCCAGAUCUGCGUCCGCUGUACGGAGACGGCAAAAAGCGCAGGAAACCCAACUACAGCAGCGUGGAUCUGUCUGAGGUGGAGUGGGAGGACAAGGACGACAUGCUGAGAAACGCGAUGGUCAACAGGAAGACGGGGACGUUCUCCAUGGAGGUGAAGAAGAGCAUCGACAAAGGGAAACGUGUGUUGGUGCUGCACAAUGAUUAUUACUACACAGACAUCCAGGGAACUCCUUUCAGUCUGGGAGUGGCUCUGUCCAGAGGCCACGGGAAGUUCUUCUUCAGAGGGAACGUCACAGUGGAGGAAGGACUUCACGACCUGGAGCAUCCUGAUGUGGCGCUGGCAGACGAGUGGACCUACUGCAACACUGACGAGCACCCAGAACAUCGUUACCUGUCCCAGAUAGAGGCCAUCAAACUCUACCUCGGUGGUUAUGAACCUCACCUGCAAUGUGACAAGGAGCUUAUUCAGGAAGUUCUUUUUGAUGCAGUCGUGACCGCCCCGUUGGAGGCUUACUGGACCAGCCUGGUCCUCAACAAGUCUGAGAACUCUGAUAAAGGAGUAGAAAUUGCUUACCUGGGCACAAGAACCGGCCUCUCCAGAAUCAACCUGUUUGUUGUUCCUGACCAGCUCACAAACCAAGACUUCCUGACAGCUGAGGACAAAGAGGGCGUGUUCAACGCCGAUCACUUCCCCCUGUGGUACAAGAGAGCGGCAGAACAAGUUCCUGGAACUUUCGUCUACUCCCUACCUUUCAACACAGGAUCAGAAAACAAGAGUGUGGUACUGGCCAGCACAGCCAUCCAGCUUCUGGAUGAGAGGAAAUCACCCAUAGCUGCGGCCGUCGGUAUCCAGAUGAAACUGGACUUCUUCCAGAAGAAGUUCUGGACUGCCAGCAGACAGUGUGCAGCUUUAGACGGGAAAUGCUCCAUCAGCUGUGAUGAUGAGAACAUCAACUGUUACCUCAUCGAUAACAAUGGAUUCAUUCUGGUAGCAGAGGACUAUACUCUGACGGGGAAGUUUUUUGGAGACGCAGAGGGAGCGGUGAUGAGUAAACUGCUGCACAUGGGCUCGUUCAAGAGAGUCACUCUCUACGACUACCAGGCUCUGUGCUGGGUGUUUUCAGAGAGCAGCGACAGUGGACACACACUUCUGGACCCGUACUUUGCUUUCUUCUCGGCUGUGAAGUGGAUCCUGACUGAACUCAUCAUAUUCCUGGUGGAGUUCAACUUGUACAGCUGGUGGAAUUCUGACAUCACAGCCAAAGCUCAGAGGAUGGGUCGGAGCACUCAGGUUCCGUGUGACACAGAGUAUCCGGCCUUCGUGUCGGAGAGAACCAUCAAGGAGAACAUGGGCAACAUCGACUGUGGCGGCUGCAUCAAGUCCUUUGUGAUCCAGCAGAUACCCAGCAGUAAUCUCUUCAUGGUGGUGUUGGACAACCAGUGUGACUGCAGCAUGUUUGAGCCGAUCACCAUGGACCCUGUCGAGAUCAUCUAUAAUGAAUCUCUGAAGUGCGAGAGACUGAAGAUGCAGAAGGACAGGAGGCGUCCAGAUACCUGUCACCCCUUUCACCCCGAGGAGAACUCGAUGGAGUGUGGAGCAGCUGUGGCUCUCAGCCCGUCUCUGGCUGCUACGCUGCUCUGCGUCCUCCCGGCGCUGUUCCCUAGGUGACCAGAGCUAGCCACGCCCCCCCAUCCAGCGCUCAGCUGGGAUCGGCUUGGCUAAAGUGUUGUGACAAAUACAGAAGAAGAAGAAGAAGAAGAAAACACUCCUGCUGCCCUGUUUU